AUGGCCACUCCUGCUGUUGGCAAGUACCCAUGGAACUUCCAGACUGAACCUCCAUCCGCUCCGAAGAACGCCUGUGCUGACCAAUCCGCAGCGCCCAUCGGCUCCGCCGCCGCCGCACCCGCUCCCCAGGCCGCCGUCGAGACCGUGUCGAAGCCGAAGGAAGAAAAGGCGAAGCGCGACGAGUGCAUGCUCUUCUCGAACUCGGCCGACCCCCAGAAGGAGUGCACGUCGACAAUAGAGCAGUACCGGAGCUGCAUGGCGCGGUACGGAUUCAAGGUCUGA